UUAGGCUCUCCUACGAUGCUCGAGGCUCAUCAUCCAUCGGCCUCGCGUUCGAGCGAAAGGGCUAACGGACGUACAAGUCGAUGUGGCGCUACUGAAUUUUUUCCUCCGAUCCACUCGACACAGUUAACAAUUUUCGCAACGAUAAUGAUGCAGCGGAGGUUCAAAAAGCCAAUAUGAAGAGAAUGAGACAAUUUUGUCGUCAUCUGGCCUGAUCGUUAAGAAACAGUCACCUGCAACUUCCCUCGCACCAUGAGAUCGAAAAGCCAGCGAAUGGAGAUGAUGGGUACCGGCGAAGACAUAAGUAACCCAGCGGCCGAGGCCCAGGAAGAGUACGACGAGUUCAACUCGAAAACGGUGGUGAGUAUGAUGCCGAUAGUCGUUGCCAGAUCGGCCAAUAAGAGCCCGUUAAGCGAUGAAGGAAUCGAGCCCGACUCCGAGAGAAAAAGGGGAUCGGUCUCGAGAUGCUGGAGCAUCGAUUCCGCGGUGACUAGCGAAGAAGAUUAUGGGCAAUCGGUAAGGAGGCAGAAGCUCAGGGUCACUAGAUGCUGCAGUUCCGAUAGCGCUGUUCUUAGCGACGACGAUCAGAACAAGGGUGACAGUGUCGAGAGUGAGUCGAGCGACGGGAGGCCCAGGUAUUGGCGAACGCCCAGUGUCGUCGUCAGCGAUUACUCGGACUAUUCGUACUUUGACGAGAAAUUCGAACGCAGCGACUCGGAGCUGGAAAAACUUGAGAGUAAUAGCGCUAGCCCUAGCCAAGCUAGCAGCUGCUCCUGCCUCGAUUGCGACGAGGGCCGAGACUUCCAGGAUCUUUCGCCGAGCCUCGAGAAUCACAUGCUUCAGGUUUGUCGGCACCGACGACACUCAGACUCUUGUUGUGUUUGCGUGGGGCCCAUAAACCUCAAUAUUUCAAGCAGGCACAUAAAUGAUGGUGGGAACAGGCGAAAUUCCUGUUUGGCAUCCUCCAAUCUAUAUUAUACGAAACUAUCCGUUGGCUACGACGAAUCGACCAGGACAUCAGAGAUGAAAGACAGGACGACAGCGGCAACGACGACAACGACGUACGAGCUCCUUGACAUUCCCCCAAGCCGCAAGAUCUCAGACUGCUCGACGAUUUCAAGUUUGAGUGGUGAUGAAUUUGAGGUCACCGAACUGCAGCCGAUAAAGCACACUUCGAGCUCUGGGUGGAGAAAAUUAAGAAAUAUCGUUCAUUGGACGCCCUUUUUCCAAACGUACAAGAAGCAACGAUAUCCAUGGGUUCAGUUAGCGGGUCACCAAGGGAACUUCCGCGCAGGCCCGAUGCCCGGCACCAUCCUCAAGAAGCUCUGCCCCCAGGAGGAGGCCUGCUUUCAGCUUCUGAUGCAGGACGUCCUCAGACCCUAUGUACCGGAAUACAAGGGUGUAUUGGACGUAAGGGAGCUCGAGGAUCGGGGAAAAACCGAAGCAAAUAAUCAUACUGACGGCAUUCUAACAAAUAACAUUGAGACAACAAACGACAAAGAGGAGAACAAAGGCGCGAUCGUCGCUUCGUAUCUCCAGCUUCAGGAUCUGCUGGGAGAAUUUGAACAGCCCUGUGUUAUGGACUGUAAAAUCGGCGUUAGGACUUACCUCGAGUCCGAGCUCGCCAAGGCUAAGGAACGACCCAAGCUGCGCAAAGACAUGUACGAGAAGAUGGUGCAGGUGGACCCGAGCGCACCAAAUGCGGAGGAACGCCGUCUCCAGGGCGUGACGAAGCCGCGGUACAUGGUAUGGCGGGAGACGAUAUCCAGCACAGCGACCCUCGGCUUUCGAGUCGAGGGUAUGAAGCUCGCCCGCGGUGGCUCCUCCAAGGAUUUCAAAACGACGAGGACGAGGGAGCAGGUAAUAGAAGCGCUGCAACGCUUCGUGGACGGCUACCCGCACGCGAUCUCAAAGUACCUUCAACACCUAAAGGCCAUCCGCGCCGCACUCAACAUCUCCCCGUUCUUCGCCUCGCACGAGGUUGUUGGCUCGUCCCUCCUGUUCGUCCACGAUACCAAGUGCGCCGGCGUCUGGAUGAUCGACUUUGCAAAAACGCUACCGCUGCCGCAACACCUGCCACGCAUCAGGCACGACGCCGACUGGCAGGUCGGCAACCACGAGGACGGCUACCUCAUUGGCGUUAACAACCUCAUCGAGAUCUUCGAGGAGAUAAAGGAAUGUGGAGUAGGCGCGGAAUGAGGAUAUUUAAGGUCGAUUAAGGGCCAUCGGCUUUAUUUCGCUCGCCAAGUCCGCUCGUAUAAGCCUAGAGACUUUUUGGGACGUUUUGCUAAAGCAAGACCGAGGGUUUCGCCAUACCGUGGCAUUCUCGGCCUACCACGGUAGUCCGCCUUAUAAGUGAAUAAUUAAGCUGCCGUAACUUAAAUAUAAUUUUAAUUUCGUGCCGUUAUGUGCCUGGCGCCUCCACCGUCUUGCUGCGUUCCAUGAUUAUGUCGGGACGCCAAGGCAGACUUGUCUCGUUCAGGGGACGGCUAUAGUUUAUAACGGAUUUUGCUACUCUACGGUUAAUCAAAUCUUACUUCACCAAGUAAAUUUGACCGAAUCAUAAGCUCACUGGGAUUUUUAAUAAGCUAUACGUCGAUUGUCUCAAGCUAAUGGGCAUCCCUUAGUCUCGAUUUCAACUCUGGGAUUCCAUUCGGAUGGAUAUUUAUUUCGAUACUAUUGAUUUACCUUCGCUAUGGUAACAUGGAAGCUAGAUAGGAGCAUCGACUACAUUUGCAAUAAUCAAUUCAAUGGGAGAACGUGCGUAUAUACGCAUGCACUUACGUAUGUGUAAACGAGCGUGAGAUAGACGAAGUACCGGUUAGACGAAUACUAAGCCCUAACAUUUGGAUACCUGAAUAAUUUAAUGUAUAUUAUUUAGAAUGAUAAUUAAUGUAUAAGGUGCGAAGAAAAUUAUAAUAAUAAUUGGGUAAAUAAAUUUUCAAAUUUAAUUUGCCUUGGUAUGGAGAUGUGUUUCGUUACUGAUAUUUUUACCAUGUAUAU